CCACGACCAUCUGGAUCUGCCAUUGCUGACAUGCUCGCCACGUGCCGCCGUGUUAGGGCGACAUACCUCGGUGGCCGCGAUGCAUGGAGCUUGCUGAAGGCUAUUGGACGAUGGAACUCAUCGAUGUCGACUGUCCAUCUAGCCAACGGCCACGCGGUACAGUUCUUUCAGUCGCAACCAGACAUGCCAUCGUCGGCGCCAACAUUGGUUCUGUUCCAUGGGCUUGCGUCAUCGCACCACUGCUUCAAGCACAUGUGGCCUCACCUGGUUGACAAGUACCCCAUUGUGGCGUUUGACUUGCCUGGCACCGCUGGCUCAGACGUGGAAGCUGCAGGAUCUACAUACACAGCGGACGCUGUCCAUCAAGCGCUAGCUGAAGCUGUGAAGAUUGUACUGGACAAUACCGCGACGCAGUCGGUCGUGUUUGUGGGCCAUUCGUUGGGUGGCCAUUCUGCCUUGCGAUUAACACAUGACUUUCUCAAAGAAGGUCGACAAGUGCAAGGCUUAGCACUCUUGGCGUCCGCCGCCCUGGAGCCGUACUUGCUCAUGCGCGGUCUCGACUUGAUUCCAGUCGCUUUGAUAAAGAAAUACCCGAACGUGGUCAUGCAAAUCUUUCACUUGCUGGGGUUUGCAGAUACGCAUCCGCCUCAAGAGUACACGUAUGGCGCGUUGCGUGCGGUCACGACACUGUAUGCCGUUCUACGAGACGAAGCGAAAGCAAUUGCCACGGCCAACGUGCCCACCCUUUGUGUGUCUGCCGAAGACGAUCCGUUCUUGACGAAUGGAGUUUGGUCCGAUCUGUGCGACACGCUGCAUGCAAAAGUCGUGCGAUACCCGAAUGGCAAGCACAACCUGCCGAAAUCGAAAGCGACCGACGUCGCCCGUGACUUGAACUUGUGGAUCGACGACACUCAGUGCUCCGAUCGUCCGAGGGAUGCGGUUUUGUCCGUUCGUGUGGGCUGCCGUCAUGGAGUCUUGGCUGACACCCCUUCGCCUCGACUGUCCGUCGUUGGAUAGGCAAGAAUGGUGUAAAUCCAAACAAGGGAUGUGCAUAUUGUUGC